CAGAAGCCGCGGAAGGUCCGUUCCGCGCCAUGCGCGACUACGAUGCGGCCACCGCUUUCCUGGGCGAGUGGGGCCGCUUCCAGCGCCUCGUCUUCUUCCUCCUCAGCGCCAGCAUCGUCCCCAACGGCUUCAACGGCAUGUCGGCCGUCUUCCUGGCCGGCACCCCCGAGCACCGGUGCGCCGUGCCCCGCGGGGCCAACCUGAGCGGCGAGUGGCGGAACGCCAGCAUCCCGCUGGAGCUGCGGGGCGGGCAGGAGGCGCCGAGCCGCUGCCGCCGCUACCGCCUGGCCGCCAUCGCCAACUUCUCGGCGCUGGGGCUGCGGCCCGGCUCCGAUGUGGAGCUGCGCUCGCUGGAGCAGGAGCCCUGCCUGGACGGCUGGGAGUACAGCCGCGAUGUCUACCGCUCCACCAUCGUCACCGAGUGGAACCUGGUGUGUGAGGACGACUGGAAAGCCCCGUUGACCACCUCCCUCUUCUUCGUGGGGGUCCUCAUUGGCUCCUUCAUCUCGGGGCAGCUCUCAGACAGGUUUGGCAGGAAGAAUAUCCUUUUCUUGACGAUGGCUGUGCAGACUGGCUUCAGCUUCCUGCAGAUCUUCUCCACCAGCUGGGAGAUGUUCACAGUGCUCUUUCUCAUAGUGGGGAUGGGACAGAUAUCUAACUACGUGGUGGCCUUCAUACUGGGCACAGAAAUUCUGGGCAAAUCAGUUCGUAUUAUAUUCUCUACGUUAGGAGUUUGCAUAUUUUUUGCAAUUGGCUACAUGUUGCUGCCACUGUUUGCUUACUUCAUCAGAGACUGGCGGAUGCUGCUGCUGGCGCUCACGGUCCCGGGGCUGUUCUGCAUCCCGCUCUGGUGGAUCAUUCCUGAAUCCCCUCGGUGGCUGAUCUCCCAGGGAAGGUAUAAGGAGGCAGAAGUUAUUAUCCGAAAGGCCGCAAAAAUAAACGGCGUCCCAGCCCCCGCCGCGCUGUUCGACACCACGGAGAUGCAGGAUUCGAAGCCCCAGCAGCAGCAGAAGGCUAUCCUUCUGGACCUAUUUCGAACCCGAAACAUUGCAACUAUUACUAUUAUGUCAUUACUUUUGUGGUUUUUCACGUCAGUUGGUUACUUUGGCCUGUCCCUCAGCACUCCCAACUGGCACGGAGAUGCCUUCAUCAACUGCUUCCUCUCGGCUGUGAUUGAAGUUCCAGCCUAUGUGAUUGCCUGGCUCCUUCUCCGCUCGCUCCCUCGGCGCUACUCCUUGUCUGGAACCUUGUUUUUAGGGGGAGGUGUUGUCCUCUUCAUUCAGCUGGUGCCUGAAGAUUUAAAUGUCCUGUCUGUUUGCUUGGUGAUGCUUGGAAAAUUUGGCAUCACAGCUGCAUUUUCCAUGCUCUAUGUCUACAAUGUGGAGCUGUACCCAACACUGGUGCGAAACAUGGCAGUCGGAGCUACUUCCACAGCUUCCAGGCUGGGCAGUAUCAUUGCUCCUUACUUUGUUUACCUGGGGGCCUACGAUAGAUUCCUUCCCUACAUCCUGAUGGGGAGCCUGACUGUGCUGAUUGGGAUCCUCACCCUGUUUCUCCCGGAGAGCUACGGGAAUGCCCUGCCCGAGAGCUUUGAGCAGAUGCUGAAGGUGAAAUGUUUCAGAAACGGGCCACAAACCACUGGCAUGAGGAAUUCAAAGGAGAGUCCUAAAAUUCUGGUAACAUCUAUGUGAAGAAGGAUGCACACUCUGAGGGGCCAAAAAAAAAACCCAAGAUCUUCUCAAAAUGCAUUUUCUGCCGAGAAAAACAAAACCCAACAGUCGAUGCUACUGCACCAUAGUUAUUAUCCCCUGUGCUACUGUGCCCAAAUACAUAGUUUACCAAGCAGAUGCUGUCUACUCCUGUAGGACUCUUAGUCUGUAAUUCAGUGUCCUAGUACCUGGGGUUUGUCAGCAGGUGCAGUCCCUGUUGAGAAAGUGGGGCCUGCCUGUGCUGAACACGAUUGAAUUGAGGAGUAAACUGGAAAUGAGCCUUAGGAAUAACACAGCAGGGACUCCAGCCAGUCAGGUUCCCAGUGGAAGCAAGCAACAAGGUAGCAAAUGUAGUGCUGGAGUUUCUCACUGUGCAUGUUGGCUGGAUGAGGGGAGCUGGGUGUCUGUUUGACUUUGGAAAUCUCAGCCUGUGCCCCUAAAGGAAAGAUGCUGGCCUGCUUUUGAAUCCGUGACCUAAGCCCAGUAAGACUAAGUGAGAUCAGAGUGUAGUUGUAGCAGGUGUAGAUGUCACUGCCAGGACAGGUUUUUUAAAAUGAGACCUCAGAGUAUCUUUCGAUGUCACUUGCUUUUCCCAGGACCUGGGAUCCCCUUCUGCUCCCCUUGUCCCUGUGAAAGGUGAUGCUUUUCCACACUCUGAGCCUGCUGGAGCCCUUGGGCUUCAGGAAUGUCCAGUGUCUUGGGGACAGGGGAAGCCUUUGACACAGAAAGGACUUCAGCUUGUUGACCCUCUGGUGGGCCACAGCCACCUUCAGAGGAAACAUGGGCUUCUUUAGCAAGGCAGUGAAACUUUCCAAACGUGCCAGGCAGUUGUAGCUUUCAGGUUCCUCGUGGUAUGUUGGCGUAAGCAGUUUUUGAGGUGUUUUGGUUUGGUUUUUUUCUGAAGCAUUUAGUUUCUCCUUUGAAUAGAUACCACACUGGUUUAUACCUUCAGAGAAAGCACAUUGCAGUUUCGAAAGCCUCUGAAAACCUUUUGUACCAUUUACAAAUCUAAGGGGGAUUUGUUGCUUGCAGAAGCUGCUGCUCCGUGCUGGAGACGUACACCUGCCGCUGUGAAAAAUGCAAAAGGACUAAUUUGGGACCACAGGUUUUUUCAAAACUAAUAAAAGCCAACAAAGCCAGUGAUUUGUUCUUCAAAUCCUGCAGGCUAUGUAUGCAUUUUUUUUAAAGUUCAGCAACGCUAGAUCAGAUGAAAACUCAAAUGUAAAGCUUAGAGUUGUGCUACUACUGUUUUAUGAACACUACAUAGUUUGGGGGGAAAAAAAAAGUUUAAUACCUUUUAUUUUUCUAUUUAUUGGCUGUGCAUGCACUUGUUGGCCACGUCUAUCGGAGGCAGUAGGCUGACUUUUAUCUUCUAUAAAUAACAAUUAGCCAUGAGUCAUCUUCUGGAAGGGCCAAGAAAAGCACACUGUCUCAUCUCAAACCUGAGAGUUCAUGGCACGGUGUCUUGUGCUGGCACUUGGCACGGGAAGUUCAAGCACAAAUAAAAAGCUUUAGAACUUUUAAUUGCAAGGAACUUGUGCAAUUACUUCAAGCUGCUCUUUGGGAUGUGGAAAUGUUCUUUUCUUUUCAUACUAAUUUUCUGCAGUUUUGCUUUUGCCAUAAGUGUGGCAUGAGGCAAACAUUAUUCUGUGAUCCCUGACAUUCUCAUCCCUUCUCAAACUGGAAUUUCUCUGGUAACAGUAUUCAUUAUUUUUUUUUUACUUAUUAUAAAACUCACCUAUAGGAUAGCUGUUUGGACAGAACUAAAUUUCUCAGCAAAACCUUUUUAUCAGUAUAGGAGAGGUUUGAGGACUGGGUUAAAUAUAGGUGGCCAUAUUAUUAUGAAGACUUUUGUAUUAAGUUGAUACUUAUUUUAUGUGAUUGCAGGCUUGGGUAUUUCUAAAAGGUAAAUAUUUUUGUACUCCUGAACUUUGUGGUACCUUAAAACCUAGUUUUCCAUUUUUAAGUAAGAAAAAGGGGUUUGGAUUUUUUUUAAAUACCUUGUUUUAAUCAGUCUUAUUUUUCUUGCUGAUACUAUUGACCUUACGCUAGUGUCACAUUUGAGUAUUUCUAAUGGCAGAUUUUAAAAAGUAUUUCACAACAGUCUGUGACGUUGUUGUAAGACCUUAAGAUGUCUGAGUGUAGCAAAAAUGAGGAAAGGAGGUUCCUUCAGCUGAUGGAAGCAUUUGCAAGGAGAAUUUCUGUCCUUUGCCAGUAUCUUCCCCAGGUUCAAAGAGGGAUUUUUGACAAAGCCCAGAGAGCAACAGUCUCUGCAGAAGAAUCAAACGUGGAUGAAGCUGGAGGGCAGGAGUGCCUGGUUGGGGCAAGUUGCUGGGUUUUUAGCUGCAAAGCUGAAGGAAACAGCUAUUGGUGGAAAUUGAAUAUAUUGCUGGUGAGCUAUUGAAGCCUCUUGGGGCAAUCUUCAGAGAGUUUUCUGUCUGUUGAUGCUUGAUGGGGCUCAGAGUGGACCAGUGUGCUCUUGAGGUGCUGGGGAUGGCAGGAGGCUGGGAGCAGAGGGAAGCAGCAGCCAGGCUGCUGAGCGCCGGGGCUCCUGCACCGUCCCUCCUCUGUCACCUUUGUCACCUCUGCUUGGGUUUCUCUGUGCAGCCUUUGAUCCUCAGCUGGGUUAUUGGAUCUGCUAAGGCGUUUAUGACACUGUAGUAAUUGUCACUCAUUAACUUCUGUCUUCAUUGUAAUAAAAAUGUGCACUGGCAUUGUA